CUCACAAAUAUAUAAAAUAAAAUAAAAUAAAAAAUAAAAAAUAGACAAACCCUUUUGUCUUUGUAUUUGGGCACGGGGCCUGACCUCCCCCUGACCACCCCCACCCGCUUUUUCUUCAAUUCCUAACGCAGCAAAAUCGUAUUCGUAUGCCACAGAUCACAUCUGUUACUUGGCCUAAUAUUUCCCUUUGUGAUUUGCUGGGGGAGCGAUUCAGGGGAGACACACAACUUUUAACAAUACAUCACCCGCCCAUCGAUUAUUAGUGGUGUGAUCUCCCUGCAUAAACCUCCCCACUCCUUUUUUUAUCAAGGAACAUAGUGGUGAGAUAAGGGAUCAUCAGUUGUAGCAUGCACAUCGUAAUAGAGUACUGAUUAUAGAAUAAUAUCAUGGAAGUGCUUCCGUGUUCUGGUGUUCAAUAUACUGCAGAAUCUGAUGGCCCUCAACAGAGUCCAGUAACAUCUUUUGUUUACGAGGGAGAACCUAAUUGCUCUGAAAAUGGUGAACGACAUGAAUUGGAGGACGGUCAACUUAAUGACUCAUUACCUAAAAUGAAAGGCCCUCAGGUGGAAGGGCAGGGUGAAGCUCAAGAGGCAGUUGGCAAACUGUCAGUUAAUCCAGAUUGGCAGUGCAGUGGAGCUUCAAAUUGCGAAUGUCAAGCUUUGGACCAAAAGGAAUCUUCUAGUUUCCAUGCUUUUGAUGAGGAUGAGAUAGAUGAACCUUGCUUAAUCUCAGAGAACCCUGUUCCCUUUGAGGAUACAAUUGAAAGUGAAUCACCAAACAACAGUAGGGAUGGAGAGUUACCACUUGCUGAACCUAGUUGGCUGGAGGGGGAUGAGUCUCUGGCAUUGUGGGUCAAGUGGAGAGGGAAGUGGCAGGCUGGUAUCAGGUGUGCAAGGGCUGAUUGGCCCUUAUCAACUUUGAAAGCAAAACCUACUCAUGGCCGGAAGAAAUAUUUUGUGAUAUUUUUUCCGCACACAAGAAAUUAUUCUUGGGCUGACAAGAUGUUUGUUUGUUCAAUUAAUGCGUUACCUCAGCCUAUUGCAUAUAAGAACCAUCAAGCAGGAUUGAAAAUGGUGAAAGAUUUGUCUGUUGCCCGACGGUUCAUUAUGCAGAAGCUAGUUGUUGGAAUGUUGAACAUCAUCGAUCAAUUUCACUUGGAUGCUUUAAUUGAAGCUGCUCGUGAUGUGAUGUUUUGGAAGGAGUUUGCUUUGGAGGCUUCCCGAAGUAAUGGUUAUUCUGAUCUGGGAAGAAUGCUUCAAAAGCUGCAAAAUAGCAUAAUGCAGCGCUACAUAAAUGCUAACUGGUUACAAAAUUCUUUUCCCAUUUGGAUUGAUCGAUGCCAGAACGCAAGCAGUGCUGAAUCAGUAGAACUGCUAAAGGAGGAAUUGUUUGAUUCUAUAUUGUGGAAUGAUAUCAGCACUCUGGAUGCGCCAGUGCAGCCAAUAUUAGGUUCUGAGUGGAAAACGUGGAAGCAUGAAGUGAUGAAAUGGUUUUUUACCUCUCCUUCAUUAUCUAGCAGUAAAGACAUGCAACAACAGCAGGCCUCUGAUGGCCCCUUCCAAGCAAGCCUCCAAGUUUGUAGAAAAAGACCCAAGCUUGAAGUUCGUCGUGCAGAGAUACAUGCUUCACAAGUAGAAACUAAGGGUUCAGAUCACUCUAUUGCGCUUGAGACUGACCCGGGCUUCUUUAAUAAUCAGGAGACAGUGAAUACAUUAGCCACUGAGACAUGUAAACGGGAAGAACUUAGGGAGGCAUCUAUUCCAAUUGAUUCACCAGGUAAUUUAGUGAACAAAUGGAACGACAUUGUUUUUGAGUCUGCUGCAGAUUCUGAGUUCUUGCAUACCAAAGCUAUGGAAUCAACACCUACCAGUGAAAUGGUUGCUCCCAAAUCUGUAGAACCUGGUAGUAAGAAUCGGCAAUGUGUGGCUUAUAUAGAAGCCAAGGGAAGACAGUGUGUGAGAUGGGCAAAUGAUGGUGAUGUUUACUGUUGUGUGCAUUUGUCCUCCCGGUUUUUAGGCAGCUCUGCUAGAGCAGAGAGACCUGCUUCAGUUGAUGCUCCUCUGUGUGAAGGCACAACUGUUCUUGGCACCAGAUGCAAGCAUCGGGCCCUUCCUGGUUCUUCAUUCUGUAAGAAACACAGGCCCCAUGCUGAAACAGACCACACUCCAAAUAUGCCCCAGACUUCCUUAAAGAGGAAGCAUGAAGAAAAUUACACUGGUUUGGAGAGCAUGUCCUGCAAAGAGAUAGUGCUGGCAGAUGCUGAAAGUCCUUUGCAGGUGGAUCCAGUUUCAGCCAUGGAUGAUGAUACCUUCCAUGGAAACACCAACUUGAAUGGGAAACCCAUGAAUUUAGGAAAUGAUCAUAAUGAAAUGGAGGAACUUCACUGUAUAGGCUCGUCUCCCUUUGAUGACAAGAACUCCUGUUUGGAAACUCCCAAGCGGUAUUUCUUGUAUUGUGAAAAGCACUUGCCAAGUUGGCUCAAACGUGCACGAAAUGGGAAGAGUAGAAUAAUAUCAAAAGAAGUGUUCGCAGAACUUUUGAGGGACUGUUUGUUACAGGAGCAGAAAGUAAAUCUGCAUAAAGCAUGCGAGCUCUUUUACAGGCUAUUUAAAAGCAUUUUAUCCCUAAGAAACCCAGUUCCUAAAGAAGUUCAAUUCCAGUGGGCUUUGACUGAAGCUUCUAAAGAUACGGGUGUCAGAGAAUUCUUUAAGAAGUUGAUUCAUAGUGAAAAAGAGAGAAUCAAAAUGAUCUGGGGUUUCAACGAUGAGAAAGAUGCACCUUCACUCAUGGAAGAAAUACCUCAGUUACCAUCCACUGUUAAUGAUAGCUUUGGUAAUGAAAAUGCCAUUAAGUGUAAGAUAUGCUCUGCAGAAUUUCCUGAUGACCAAGCACUUGGCAGCCAUUGGAUGGAAAACCAUAAAAAGGAAUCACAGUGGCUGUUUAGAGGUUAUGCAUGUGCUAUUUGCCUGGAUUCUUUCACCAACAAGAAAGUCUUGGAAAACCAUGUCCAAGAGAGACACCAUGUCCAAUUUGUUGAACAAUGUAUGCUUUUGCGGUGCAUUCCUUGUGGUAGCCAUUUUGGAAAUACUGAACAGCUAUGGCUGCAUGUUCUAUCAGUUCAUCCUGUCAAUUUUAAGGCAUCAAAAGCUCCUGAGCAGCAAACUUUGUCUCCUGGUGAGGACUCUUCAAUACAACUAGAAGCUGAGCAGGUAAACUCAGCCUCUUUGGAGAAUAAUUUGGAGAAUUCAGGUGGUUCACGUAAGUUUAUUUGUAGGUUUUGUGGGUUGAAGUUUGAUUUACUGCCUGACCUUGGUCGCCAUCAUCAAGCUGCUCAUAUGGGGCCUAAUUUAGUUAGCAGCCAUCCCUCCAAGAAGGGAGUUCGUUAUUAUGCAUAUAGAUUAAAAUCUGGCAGGCUUAGUCGUCCUAGAUUCAAAAAAAGCCUGGUGUCAGCAUCAUAUCGGAUCAGAAGUAGAGCUAGUGCCAAUUUGAAGAGACGCAUUCAAGCAUCAAAGUCGCUUGGCAUUGGGGGAAUAACCAUACAACCUCAAGUAACUGAGACAACAAAUAUUGGUAAGUUGGCAGAAUAUCAAUGCUCUGCUGUUGCCAAGAUUUUGUUUUCUGAGAUCCAAAAGACUAAGCCUCGGCCAAACAAUCAUGAUAUUCUAUCAAUUUCUCACUCUGCCUGCUGCAAAGUUGGCCUUCAAGCUGCACUGGAGGAGAAAUUUGGAACUCUGCCUGAAAAGCUGUAUCUCAAGGCUGCAAAACUUUGCAGUGAACAUAAUAUUCUAGUGAGCUGGCACCAGGAAGGGUUUCAUUGUCCUAGAGGUUGCAAGGUGUGCAAGGACCAACCUUUGCUUUCUCCCUUAGCAUCCCUUCCUAAUGGCUUUGUAAAGCAAAAGGCUUUAGAUAUGUCAGAUCUUGCAGUAGAUGAGUGGGAGGUGGAUGAGUUUCAUUACACCAUCAAUUCGCACCAUUUAAAACCAGAAUCCUUGCAAAAGGCUGUAGUCUUGUGUGAUGACAUAAGCUUUGGGAAGGAAGCAGUUCCAGUGAUUUGUGUAGUAGAUCAAGAACUUCAAAAUCCACCUCAUAUGUGUAGGUCUAAUGAACAUGAUAUGAAUCUUUCUAUGCCAUGGGAGAGCUUUACCUACAUUACGAAGCCAGUGCUUGAUCAAUCCCUGCAUCUUGAUUCAGAGAGUCUUCAAAUGGGAUGUUCCUGUUCAUAUUCUACUUGCAGUGCUGAAACUUGUGCUCAUGUAUAUCUUUUUGAUAACGACUAUGAAGAUGCAAGGGACAUCUUUGGAAAAUCAAUGCGCGGCAGAUUCCCAUAUGAUGAGAAUGGUCGAAUGAUUUUGGAGGAAGGUUACCUAGUCUACGAGUGCAACUAUAGGUGCAGAUGUAAUAAAACCUGUCCAAACAGAAUUUUGCAAAAUGGAGUUCGAGUUAAAUUGGAAGUUUUUAAAACAGAGAAAAAGGGAUGGGCUGUUAGGGCUGGUGAAGCCAUCCUACGUGGCACAUUUGUGUGUGAGUAUGUGGGAGAGGUUUUAAAUGAGCAGGAGGCACAUAACAGGCGCAAGAGGUAUGGCAUAGAAGGUUGCAGUUAUUUCCUUGAUAUUGGUGCUCAUAUUAAUGAUAUGAGCAGAUUGAUUGAAGGACAGGGUCGAUAUGUUAUUGAUGCUUCUAGAUAUGGAAAUGUUGCGAGGUUCAUCAAUCACAGGUAA